UAUAUAUUUUGAUCUUUGGGCGAUAAAUGAUGUUGAAUUCGUGUCGAAUGAUGCCGUCAUUCGAUAUGUUGGAUUUUCCAGUGUAAAUGAAAUCAAAAAGAUGUCGGAAGAACAGUAUACUAGUUUGAUAACUCAGCUAGAAGAACAAAUCACUUUAUGCACUACGAUCGCAGCACAUUACCUUAGAUCUGGAAAUAAAAAUCAAGCGAUUGCUUUUCUUCGCUAUAAAAAAGGCUUUUCCGCUGAUUUAACUUCUUUGAAAUCUUACCAGAAGCAUAACAAAGAUAUUCCACCAUUCCAUUAUCGAGACGUCACAUAUAAUAUUGAAAAUGCUUUUCUUGAAUUGUCUGCUAAUGAUAUGGAAGUUUGUAUUGAAAGGGCAUGGACUUUGGGAAACAAAGAGGUUAAUGGAAAAGACGUUGAGGCUUAUGUAAGUUGGGAUAUCGGUUGGCCAACCGAAGGUAGUUCAGGCGCUGGCAGUGGAAAAGGUGAUACAUCUGUUGCUAAGAGGAGUAUGGAUCCAGAAUUUAAUUAUAAAAAAAUAAUUAGUAUAGAACGAACAAAAUCAUUUCAACGAUUUAUUAGUAGAAAAAAGGCUACUUUUGAAGUAUUUCAUUAUAGAGGAUUUUUACGAAGAGCUAUUUCUCUAGGAAAAGCCCAAUUAAAAUUAGACUCGUUAACUGGAAAAGCUGAAAUUCACGAAGUUCUUGAUCUUGUGGACAACAAUCGUAGGUCAACAGGUGGUAAAUUGGAAGUUCGCCUACGUUUAAGGAAUCCCUUACUAAAGGCGGAUAUUAUACAAAAGACAGAAAAGUGGUUGGUCGUUCAUGGGUUCAACCUCAAUAAUCCUAUAGCAAAUACUCAAGUUUCGGUACCAUCACCUGAAGUAACACCCGUUAAAUCCAACUCCGUUACAUCGCAAUCAGAUCCACUAGGAUUAUCGACAGUAUCAGAUCCUUCUACACCAAUAAAACAAACACUUAAUAAGUCUAGUACACCAAGUGUUAAGAAGACUUCAAGCACGGUAGCAAACACUCCAUCUCAAGUUCAUAACACUCCAACUCUAGUUCAUAACACGGUAGCAAAUACUCAAACUCAAGUUCAUAACACGGUAGCAAAUACUCCAACUCAAGUUCAUAAUACGGUAGCAAAUACUCCAACUCAAGUUCAUAACAAACUACCAUCUCAGGUAACAACACCUGUGUCAAAACCUAAUCCAUCUGUGACUAAUAGUAAAGAUACACAAACAACAAGUAUUGAAGAAAACGAGUUGGAACUUGCAGAAGAUCAAUUAAAUAAUGUUGAUUUAAUUGUAUCUAGUGGCUUGCUCCAAGAAGAAAUUAAUAUUGUGAAUUCACAAAUAACAACAUUAGAAGCACGAGGAAAACCCAUUCCUGGUGAUUUGUCUGAUCGAAAGUCUGCACUUGAAAUUAAAACAAGUUUGAUGGAAAUUCAGGUGCAAACAGGUCAAUUAACAAUUGAUAAAUAUUUGGAACAAGUAAAAGAUAGUAUUGUUAGUUUCAAAAAAUUGGCUUUAACAUUUAAGAAAGCUGGUAAAAUUGAAGAAGCAAAGAAAGCUCUUGUAAAAUGUAAAGUAAUGGAAAAUGAAGUAAAACAAAUGGAAGAGGCUAUGGCUGGUGGUGAAACAGACGAUAAUUAA